GCGCUAAUGCACUACAGAAGUGGGGGUGAAACAGGUUUACGGCUGACGAAGAAGAGCAUGCGCCAGAGAGAGCAACAAGAAGUUCAAAAUGGGGCUUGAAAGUACUAUGGUCUGUGUGGACAACAGUGAGUAUAUGAGGAAUGGAGACUUCCUACCCACACGUCUACAGGCUCAGCAAGAUGCUGUCAACAUCGUUUGCCACUCCAAAACACGCAGCAACCCAGAGAACAACGUUGGACUCAUCACCAUGGCAAAUAACUGUGAAGUCCUGACCACGUUGACCCCAGAUAUGGGUCGAAUCCUGUCCAAACUACAUGCUAUCACACCCCGUGGCAAUAUCUGCUUUUGUACUGGCAUCAGAGUGGCUCAUUUGGCGCUCAAACACAGGCAGGGGAAAAACCACAAGAUGAGGAUUAUUGCCUUUGUUGGAAGCCCAGUUGAGGACAACGAGAAAGAUCUUGUCAAACUGGCCAAACGUUUGAAAAAAGAGAAGGUCAAUGUGGAUAUCAUCAACUUUGGUGAAGAGGAGUUAAACACAGAGAAGCUGACUACUUUCAUCAACACCCUGAAUGGGAAAGAGGGAACGGGCUCUCACCUGGUCACCGUUCCUCCAGGCCCCAGCCUCGCCGACACACUGCUGUCCUCACCCAUCCUGGCCGGGGAGGGUGGUGCCAUGAUGGGGCUCGGGGCCAGCGACUUUGAGUUUGGCGUGGAUCCCAGUGCUGACCCAGAGCUGGCGCUGGCGCUGCGCGUGUCCAUGGAGGAGCAGAGACAGAGGCAGGAGGAGGAGAGCCGUAGAGCAGCGGUGGCCUCUGUGACAGACGGCAGCAUGCCUGUGUCAACACCAGAGGAACCAGAAGAGGCUUGGCUGAAGACGGCCGAGGCGCAGCCAGAGGCUGGCGUCAAGGCGCUCCCAGACUUCAGCAGCAUGACGGAGGAGGAGCAGAUUGCUUACGCCAUGCAGAUGUCUCUCUCCGGAGGAGAAUACGGAGAGAUGGAUACCGCAGCCGCGAUGGACACGACAGAAACAGCCAAGGAGGAGGAUGACUAUGAUGUGAUGCAAGACCCAGAGUUCCUUCAGAGUGUCCUGGAGAAUCUCCCGGGUGUAGACCCUAACAACGAGGCCAUUCGCAACGCCAUGGGCUCCCUGGCCUCCCAGACAGGAAGCCAAAAGGAUGGCAAGAAGGACGAGGAGGAAAAAAAGAAAUAAGGAAGCAAGCAAUGAGAGCUCUCCUGGCUGGAGGCCCCAAACAGUCAAGAUGAAACACGAAAUUGCGAGAUAAAACAUGAUAUUGCAUACUACCGCAGGUUAAUGAAAAUAUACAUAUAUAAAUACUG